GGCUUUUUAACAGUUUUCAUACCUUUCUAACAUAUGAGCUAAAAGAAGUCUCAUGACAAAAUAUAUGAUAGAGUACAGAUCAAUAUGUAUCUGCACCGUGAAUGAGAGAUCGCUUGACCUUCCUCGUUUGAUUCGUCUUUGUCACGCUCGUUCCAUCGUCAGCCUGUUAUUCUCUCUCUCUCCCUCGCACCAAGCUUCAAGAAUGCGUCAGAUCAGAACAGCAAGUCCGUACCGCUGCCAACCGCUGCCAACCGCUGCUGACUGCUGUGAAUCCAUCAUGACUUCAGGCAGAUUUUAGUAUCGUGGCAACUAUUGACGACUUCGUACAGUGUGACAAGUGUACAUAUAUACGGUGUAUAGGAACGAGUGGAAAAUGUUUUCGCGCAAUAUGUUUAAUUUUGUUUCGGGAGCAUUGCUAAUAAUCGCCAUUAUUCCGCAUGCAGCAUCUUAUAACAAAUAUGGAAGAACCUGUAAGGACAUUGGCUGCCGUAGUGAUGAAACAUGUGUAAUGGCUGAGGAUCCUUGUACCGGCUACACAGAUAAAUGCGGACGAUAUCCAACUUGUCGGAGGACAAGUGAUGCUAGUUGUACUAGUAUGGUUUGCGGAGAGAACGAAUAUUGUAAGAGCGAAAAUGGUGCGCCGAGAUGUGUGAGAAAGUCUACAGGGUUAGCAUUACCUCCAGGAGUAAAUCAAAUGUCGCAUCGAUCGACACCAAGAAUACCAUCACCACCGCCUAGAUCUUCGUCAUACGGAACGAGAUACAGCAGUGGUCAUUCCGGCUCCAGAAAUACCAUGGGUGACGGGUCCAUUUUCAAUCGUUUAUUCGGUAACAACCGUCAUCCUCGGCCGACCAGCUCUAUCAGAAGCACUACACAAGCAAACGGAAACAAUUAUUACAAUACUCACACUCACGUGGACAGUCACGGGAACAGAGUCUGGACAUUUUCUGAGAAUAACGAAAUGAGGACCCGAACAGUUUCAAAACGACAAACUAGUUAUCCAACGGAAACGGAGACACGUGGCUCUACAGAUACUUCUAAAAAUUCAGGCGGCCAAUCUUAUCCUGCUGGAUCUUCCAAUUAUCCAUCUGGUUCGGGAUAUCCCGGUAAUAGCGGUUACCCAAGUUCCGGAUCUUCAACAGCUUCUGAUUCAACAAGUCCGCGAUCUGGUUAUCCAAUCAAUAAUUCUGCCGGCUAUCCAUCGACUGGAUCAUCCAGUUAUCCGAACAGUGGGUCGUCCGGCUAUCCGUCCAGCGGAUCAUCUGGUUAUCCGACCGGUGGGUCGUCCGGUUAUCCGUCUAGCGGAUCAUCCGGUUACCCGUCCAGUGGAUAUCCGUCUAGCGGAUCGUCUAGUUACCCGUCCAGCAGAUCAUCUGGUUACCCGUCUAGCGGAUCAUCCGGUUACCCGUCUAGCGGAUCAUCGGGCUAUCCAUCCAGUGGAUCAUCUGGAUAUCCGUCUAGCGGAUCGUCCAAUUAUCCAUCCAGUGGAUCAUCCAGUUAUCCAUCUAGAGAUAGUUCUGGUUAUCCGACAGGCUAUCCAAGUAGAAGUAGCGGUUCAUCGGGAUAUCCAGAUAAUUCUAGGAAUUCUUAUAACGAGGAAACUGUUAGACGAACCGGUGUUAACACUGUAAAUGCUGGCUACCCCAAUUAUCCACACACAUCCGUAUAUCCAGAAGGAAAUCCGCCAUACCGUGGUAACUAUCCCGCUCAAAAUACCGGAUAUCCGUACAAUAAUCAACGUCCUCCGUAUUCUAAUCAAGGUUAUUCAAACGGGGGUUAUCCACAAAAUUAUCCGCAAGGAGGAUAUUAUCAAGGUCAGAAUUAUAUGACUACUACCAAGCGUCCUGGCAUUCAAGAACAACUGACAAAUUUUGCACGAAACGUGGCAGGGAAGGUGCUAACGCAAACAAUACUAGAUCGCAUUACAGGCAGACAUCAAUAAAGAUAACAGUACUAUUUUGUUCUCUAUAAAAUCUGCGUAAAGAUGUCCAAAAAUAUAGCACUUUCUAAAAUCUAAAGAAAAAGUCAUUGUUACUGUAACAUGAUAAUUUUAAGCAUUAAAUAUUUUAGCAAAAA